UUUGUGGUCGAGGUUUGUUCUAGAUUAAAUAUCAAUCUCUUGUUUGGUUUGUGGGAAAGACAUUCAACUUCUUCACAGUACUUUGUGUUGCUCCUAAAUAUUUUCUUAAUUAAGAGAUCUUAUUCUAAGUUUCUUUGUUUCCACAAUCACUAUCCAUCAAUUUUUUUUUCACAGGAGAUCAUAACUUCGAUUUGUUUACUCACACAUUGACAGGUACACAUAUUUCGGGUUUCAAUAUUCCAACUUUCAAUUAGGAAUUUGUCAAAAAAAAAUUCCAUUCAAACAAAGUAUAAGGUAGCCAUGGCAGGAUUGAUGGUUGCUGGAGCAUUUCUUACACCGGUCAUCCAAGUCAUUGUUGAAAGUGUUGCCUCAAGAGAUUACAAAGACCUCUUCAAUAAACGGUUGGUGAAUAAACUUAAAAUUAAAUUGAAUUCAAUCCAGAAAGUGUUGGAUGAUGCAGAGACAAAACAGUACCAUGACGAAAGGGUGAGGUUUUGGCUUGAUAAUCUAAAGCAUGUGGUAUAUGAAGUAGAACAACUGUUGGAUGAGAUUGCUACUAGUGCCCAAAGGAAGUCCAAGGUUCAUCGCUUCCGUUUAGUUGGCCGAUUUAAAUCUAAGAUCAAGAUUUAUUUCUUUCUUUUAGCUGGUCGAUUUAAAUCUAGGAUCAAUGAUUUGCUAGACAACCUAAAAGAUCUAUUAGACGAAAAGGAUUUGUUGGGUUUGAAAGAAGGAAUAUUUGCUCGUAAUGAAUUUUCAGAAAGAGUGCCAACGACGUCUUUGGUGGAUGAAUCUAGCAAAUAUGGUAGACAGGGUGAAAAAGAGGAAAUUAUCAGUUUCUUACUUUUAAACAAUAAUAGUAGUAGCACCAGCAACCAAGCACUAAUAAUCAGCAUAGUUGGUCUUGGUGGGAUAGGUAAGACCACCCUUGCUCAGCUUGUCUACAAUGACCACAGGGUGCAAAAGAACUUUGAUCUUAAAGCUUGGGUCUAUGUUUCUGAAUCAUUUGAUGUUAUUAGACUCACUAAAGCAAUUCUCGAGUCAUUUGGUUCUUCACCAAACACUGAAAACCUAGAUCUACUCCAAUGUCAAUUGCAGGAAAAGAUAACCGGAAAAAAAUGUUUGCUUGUUCUAGAUGAUAUCAGGAAAGUAGACUGGGAAAGUUGUGAGAAGUUACUAAGUUUCUUUAAUGAAGGAUCUUCUGGAAGUAAUAUUAUUGUGACAACACGAAAUAAGGAGAAUGCAUUAGCCAUGGAAUCCAAGUUAUUUGAAUUAGUUCAAUUGGGGGAGAGUGAUUCUUGGAGUUUAUUUGAGAGACAUGCUUUUCCCAACAAAAAAGGGAGUGAAUAUCCAGAUCUUGAACCAAUUGGAAAGAGGAUUGUAGGCAAGUGUGGAGGGCUGCCAUUAGCCGUGAUAACUAUGGGGAAACUCUUGAGAGCGAAAUUCUCUCAAAGUGAAUGGAUUGAAAUAUUGGAGGAUGAUAUGUGGGGUUUAUCUGAGAAAGACACUGGCAUAAAUCCAGUAUUGAGAUUGGGUUACCAUAAUCUUCCUUCCAAUUUGAAGCCUUGUUUUGCAUACUGCUCAAUAUUUCCCAAGGGUUAUAAGUUUGACAAGAACAAGUUAAUCAAAAUGUGGAUGGCAAAUGGUUUGCUGAAUUCCUACAAAAGUGACAAAAGUAAAGAAAAGUUGGGUAGUGAGUUAUUCAAUGUUCUUGAGUCAAUUUCAUUUUUCCAAAAAUCACUAGAUUUUGAUGGUGGUUUUACCAUGCAUGAUCUUGUAAAUGACUUGGCAAAAUCAAUGUCUCGAGAGUUUUGCUUACAAGUAGAGGAUGAUAAGAAUGUAAAUCACAUUUCUAAAUGGACACGCCACAUUUGGUUCUCUUUUGAUUCGGAAGAUGCUGAUAGAAUAUUAAAACACACUUAUAGAAGUAAGGGAUUACACAGCUUGUUGAUAGAACCAAAAAGUUACAAAUGGACCGAGAUAAGCAACAAUGUGCAAUGUGAUAUAUUUUCCAAACUAAAAUAUUUGCAGAUGUUGUCAUUUCUUGGUAGUAGGUCUUUACAUACAGAGCUAGAGCUAGAGCUAGCAGAUGAGAUAGGCAAUUUAAAGUUUUUGCGCUAUCUAGAUGUGUCUUGGACAAGUAUUGUAAGGUUGCCUAAUUCUAUUUGUAAGCUUUACAAUUUAGAGACAUUGAUAUUGGAAAAGUGUUAUAAUUUGACUGAACUUCCUAUAAAUUUUUCCAAACUUGACCGUUUACGCCAUCUUAAUCUAGAAGGGUCUGCAAUAGAGAAGAUGCCAAAGAACAUAAGGAAACUAACCCAUCUACAAACAUUAACUAACUUUAUUGUGGGAGAGCCAAGUGGAUCUGAUAUUGAGGAGUUAGAAAGUCUCAAUCUUCUUCAAGGAAAACUUUGUCUUUCAGGAUUGAACAAUGUCACUGAUCCAACACAUGCCCUAAAGAGCCGUUUGCAAGAUAAGAAGUAUUUAGAAGAAAUACAUAUGAUAUUUGAUGGUUCAGUAGUGGAAAGCAAUGUGUCUGUCUUGGAUGCCCUUCAACCAAAUAACAAUCUGAAGAGGCUCACUAUUGAGAACUACAAUGGAAAUAUGUUUCCAAAUUGGCUAAGUGGUUUUGGUUUACCCAACUUAAUAUCUCUUAAACUGCACAACUGUAAUGGAAUAAAGAUCUUUGGCAAUGACUCAACAAAUGUUCCGUUCAAGUUUCUUGAAGUUUUGGAAUUUGACUGCAUGUCGGAAUGGGAGGAAUGGUUAUGUAUUGAAGGGUUUCCUCUGCUUAAAGAGCUUUACAUAAGAGACUGUCCCAAAUUGAAAAAAGCACUCCCUCCACACCUUCCUUCAUUACAUAGAUUGGUGAUUAGUGGUUGCAAAAUGCUGGACGUGUCAAUUCUCAAUUUUGAUGAAAUCAGAGUGUUGGAUCUACGGAAUUGUAAGCGGAUUUUGAUAAAUGAGUUGUCAUCCAGCUUGAAAAGAUUUGUCCUUCGUGAAAAUCAGUAUGUUGAGUUCUCCAUGGAUCAUUUAAUCAACAAUCCCUUUCUGGAAGUGUUGUCGUUGGAUUUCAAGGGCUUUGUAGAAUGUCCCUCUUUAGAUUUGUGCUGCUAUAAUUCUCUUGGUCGACUUACAAUAAGAGGAUGGCAGUCCUCCUCAUCGCCUUUUUGCCUACCCUUGUUCACCAAUCUAUGUAUUCUAAAGUUGUUUGAUUGUCCAAGGCUGGAGUCUUUUCUUAUUGGAGGUUUGCCUUCCAAGUUGUGGUCUCUUCUAAUACACAAUUGCCCAAAAUUAAUUGCUUCUAGAGAGGAGUGGGGUUUAUUCCAACUCAAUUCUUUGACUCAUUUCAUGGUUAGUGAUGAUUUUGAAAACCUGGAGUUGUUCCCUGAGCAGAAUCUACUGCCACCAACUCUCACGAAUCUCCAUUUGGGCAAAUGUUCAAAGCUAAGAAUAUUGAACUACAAGGGAUUUCUCCACCUCAAAUCUCUUAGUAGUAUAUGGAUUGACAACUGCCCUAGUCUUGAGAGUUUGCCGGAGGAAGGUCUACCCAACUCCCUUUAUAAUUUGUACAUUGAAGAUUGUCCAUUAGUUAAGGAGAAGUACAAAAAGGAGGGAGGAGAGCGUUGGCAUACAAUUAGUCACAUCCCUAGAGUGUUCAUUGACUAUAUUCGGCAGGAAUAGUUUGAGUGGUAGAAAUGAGGUGUUUGUCACAGUGGCAAGUCUACCUGAAGCUCAAAGAUAUUGCAGACCAAGACAUACCAUUGCCAUAUAACAUGAAGCACAACCACUUUCCUAAUCUUUUCAUCAAUUCAAAACUAUGUGUAAUUAAAUUAAAUUAUGGAUUUCAACUGUUUUCGUUUAUUGUCGGGUCUAUCAAUAAGAAUUUGUAUUCCCUUUUCUGUGAUGUGUAUUGUGUCUAUCUACAAAACAUUGAGACUGGAUACAGUAAUUUUCUUAUUUUGCUAUUGAUCUUCA